AUGUACACUGCAACUCUUGUAACCAUCUACUUACCAAUCAUAUCACUUAUUCAAGUGAAGUUUCAAAACCAAAAAAAAUCUCCUUUUGAAACAAGUGGUUUCUUUAUGAACUUAUCAGUUGUUGCUUUAUGCAUAGCUACAGCCACUUCAGGAGUCCUGUUUUACAUAAACCAUCGGUUGCAAAACUCAACAAUGGAGGACCUCUCUCUUGUUCAUUACAUGAUCCUAAAAGGAGUGUUUUCCUUCUUUGGCAUCCUCAUCCAUGUUUCCCUCAUCCUCGUCUUAAUCAUCCCUAAAAACCUUGAUUGGAUUAGAUACGUAAUUAUAUGUGUACUCCUUGGGGUCGUAGCCAUAUCUAACUACCGUGUCUACAAGAGGUUAAAUGACAUGGAAGACGAGCUCAACAUGGAAGCUCAUCAAAUGGUCUAA